CGUCAGAAAAAAUAUCCUGUCAACAUUCCGGUGAGACGAAAAAGGCGGAUCAAGUGAUUGUUGCUGAUACGAAAAGAGAAUAUAAUUAUUUUCAUUACUUCAUCAAAUUCAGGUUUGAUGCAACUUGUACGCUACAUGUACAGCUUGUUGCGCCGCAUUAUGUAGAAUAUCACACUGAUGCAACUUUGAUCUGCAAUCACAGUUUACCUGAUGAAAGCAAUCUUCGUAAGGUGGAAUUUCUCAAGGAUAAUAAAAAAAUACUCGAGUAUAUGAGCGAUCGAAAUCCACCGUUUAUGUUGACGAAAGAAAAUCCCAAUCUUGAGCAUUCGUCGGAUGGCAAGACAAUCACAUUAAAAAAGGUCACAUUCUUGGAUUCUGGACUUUAUUCCUGCGAAGUUUCUACUUUAUCUCCAAUUUUUGAAGCAGAAUCUAAACAAGAAAAAUUAGAAGUAAUAGUACCACAAACUGGACCACCAGUAAUAACUUUAGAUAAGACAAUUUAUGUCGUCGGAGAAUUUUUAGAAGGAAAUUGUUCUUCUUCGCCUGCACAUCCAGCUCCACAUUUAACGUGGUAUAUUAAUAAAAAGCAGGCAAAAUUUAAUGAAGUCAUCUCGUAUCCAUACCAACAUCAUAAUAAUAAUUUAAUAUCAACCAGUACGUACUUAAAAACAAAGAUAACCGAAUUAUUAAUUAAUGAAAAUGAUGAUUUAGAGAUAAGUUGUCGAGGUACUAUUCCACAAUAUCAUCAGUACGAAAAAUUUGCCGACGAAAGGUUUGCUACUGAAAUUGUGCAAGUAAUUCCAGCUCCAAAAAUUACUUCUUCGUCAAAAAGACUUACUGAAAAACUGUCGUUAAUAAUAAUAACUUCAGUGCUCUGUGCUGUGCAAAAAAAGAUUCCUCUAUAAAGUCAAUUGCUCUAGGCUAAUUAAUGUGUAAUUUUUAAGCAUAAAAAAACAAGCAAGAAAGAUAAAAAAGAAAGGAACAAUCACUCAUACAUUUUUCCCAAAUCAUCACUUUUCAAGAAAAGGAAAAAACAAAGAAAAAAAACCUAAAAAAAGUGAAAAAACAAUCGAAUCAAAAAAAGUUUGCAAAUUUAUUAUUGUCUUCCCUCUUUAGUUUCGUCACACAACAUUUUCGAAACACCAAUCACGACUUUUUCAUCCGACGAACAAUAAAUCAUCGAAAAAAAAGAGAAAAAAUAUUAUAAAAGCCAAAACACAAAUAAAUAAGCAAAACAAAAAAAAAGAGAAAAAUAAAUAUCACGAAAGAUAUAUAGAAAAAAGGUGCAAAUAGACAAAUGAAACAUGCAUUUAUUGCCAGUUAUUUGGCACAUAGAAAUUUGCCUCAAUGUCUAGGCGCUAUAAAAUAUUAGAAAAAAAGAAGAAACAAAACUUUAACGAAGAAUAGAAAAUUUUAUUGUGUCAAAAAGUUCCACGGAUACUAGAUAAUUACAGGGAAUGAGUAGACUGAAUUACAAAAAAAGAAAAAUAACAGGGUGGAUUUGAAAAAUAAAAUCUGAAUUUUUAACCGAUGUGAAACAAAAAGAGAAAGAGAACUAUUUUUAAAAUUUUAUUUUUCCUACGUUUUUGUUUCAAAACAAGGAAAAAUAUACUACCGGCUGAAAGAUGUUACCAAAACAAUUUUGAAUUUAUGGAAAUUUUUUUCAAAUACUCUUACAGAAAUAUUUUACUUCAUUUUUUUAAAGUUUAUAUUUUUUGAAAUUACAAAUAUUAAGCUUUUUUAAUGAUACAAAAAGUAUAUUUUUCAUAUUCUAAUCUAAUCUAAACUCCAAGCACAAUCCGAAGUUCCCUCAACGAGAGUUUGCACCUAAGUUACUUUUUCGCAAUAGUAUAAAAUGUACGUUUUCAAUAUUACAAGAAAUUUAAAAAAAAACAGUACCUAAUUAAAUUAUUUUUAGUAAGAAAAUAAUUUUAUUAUAUUUAAAAAAAAUGAUUUAUUUAUUUAAUAUUUAAUAAAAAAAGUAACUGAAUUACAA